UGAAUCCAAUCCCUGAGAGAGACAAGCAAGGCUCUCGAGUCUUGUGUCUUCCUGCUAACAAUUAAAGCCCUCCCUUUUAUUAUUAUCAUUUUUUUUUGUGGUUUUGAUUUUUAUUUCCAGUAGGGAGUGUUGCCUCCAAAUUUUAGAAUUCUCAAUCUUGUAAUCUGAAUCAUACAUUCGGCUUUACUCUGAACCCAGCCCUGAAAGCAAUCGUGUAUUCAUCACUUGUCAAAACCCUUGAAAUUCUUCAGAUUGUUCAAGCGCUUCUGUCUCGAACAUCCACAUGGAUCUUCCUCGAGAUAUUGAUCUUUAUCUCAAAGAAUCCAUUGACGAGUCCUUGGGUCUUCCGGUUUCGUUGCACGCUUUAGAAUCGAAACUUCGAGCCUCCGAAGAGUCUCAACGGCUGCUACGCCAGCAGCGCCUUUCUCUACUCUCCAAAUUAAAGGAGAAAGAUCAAAUGAUUGACCGCGUUAAGUCUGAAGCGACUUUGAACGCUCAAGCUCUGAAGAAGUUCGUUGAGGAGAAUCAGAAAUUGGCUUCCGAAUGCGCAAAUCUGUUAAAUCAAUGUCAUAAAUGGGAAAGAGAGUGCUCGCUUUACGAUCGCGACAGAGAAGCGUUGAUGGAAUUUGGAAACGAAGCCGAUGAACGGGCAAAGGAGGCAGAGUUACGAGUACAACAGUUGGAGGAGGAGUUGGGAAAAUUAUUGGAAGAAUUGCAGUACUACAAGCAUGAGUACAAUAUGCCAUCGGAUGGUGCAUCUUCUAAUAGCACGGCAGUGGAAGAGAAUUUACUUGACGCCCUUUUGUCCAAGGUUACAAAUAAAGAUGUCACUUCUGCAUUUACGUUCUUGGAAGCAAACUGUGGAAAUGAAGCCUGUAAUAAAUUGUUAACAAUGUGGAACUGCCUAAAGCCAUCAACACGGAGAGCUUUGUUCCUUGUUGCUGAAGUGAAGUCACUUGAGAAAGAUAAGGAGCAUCUCCGAAUUAACCUCGACAGAGCUGAGGAGGAGGUCAAAUUACUGUCUGAUGAAAAUAACAUAUUGAACAAGGAGAACAAAAGGCUACUGAAGCUGAAGGAAAGGAACCAUCUUGGCUCUGGUGGGAAACAUAGCGGCAGUGCAUCUGCCAAGGUGAGAAACUUUAGAUUAAAGGAAAACAUGCAAAUACACAUCUAUGGCAAUGCCAAUAUUACAUUGCAGCUGCAGUUUCAUUUCAUUUCUUUUUCUAUGCCUAUUUAUUGGAUUUUGCAGUCAAACAAGAGAAAGUCUAGUCCCAAGACAAGUAGCCCAAUUGAGAGAAAGAUUGAUUUCGAGGAUAUAGAUGCGGCGCGAACACCUUUGUCACCGUUACAGACUAACUCUCCUGACUCUAGAAUGCAUAAGAAGUGAUGUGACUUGUAUCAUUGACGGGGUUAAAUGUUUUUUCAGGGUAAAAAAUCUGAUAAUGUUUCCGAUUACUGAUAGAGUUGAUCGAUGUAUAUUUCUUGUAAAAAUGUUGUUGAUCAUUCUUUUUACGGAAUAUUAAUAUUCUUGACAUUUGUAUUUGAACAGUAUAUGCUCAUAGAUUCUGGUGAUCAGUUUAAGUACCAUAAUUUUGUAGCAAGAAGUUUGAAAGAAAUUAUAUUCGCCAUAGAAUCUACAAUGCUGUGGC